AUGCUGUUGCUGAUGCUGUUGCCCGGUGCCUGAAUCUGUGCUGCCAGACGAGGGGAACCGAAGUCGCCGGUCCAACAUCAGCGAGAAGAGACGGUCAGAGGGGGACUGAGGAGGAUCUUCAGCAUCCUUGGAAAGCAACACAAGCAGCGAGAAGAUGACUCUGGCAGCCUACAAGGAGAAGGUCAAAGAGCUCCCCCUGGUGUCUCUGUUUUGUGCGUGCUUGAGGCCACAGAAUGUAGAGAAGGCCACAUAUAAGGCAGAAGAUGCGGUGGACCUGGGCUGGUGUGCCAUGAAAGACGUGGAAGUCAUCAAGCUGAACAAGAGGGCGUCUGGUCAGGCCUUUGAGGUCAUCCUGAAGCCUCCAUCGUUUGAUGGCGUGCCAGACCUCAACACAUCCAUGCCUCAGCGCAGAGACCCAUCCCUGGAGGAGAUCCAGAAGAAGCUGGAGGCUGCCGAGGAGAGGCGAAAGUGCCAGGAGGCUGAGCUGCUGAAGCACCUGGCGGAAAAGAGGGAGCAUGAGCGCGAGGUGAUCCAGAAGGCCUUUGAGGAGAACAACAACUUCAUCAAGAACGCCAAGGAGAAGCUGGAGCAGAAGAUGGAAGCCAACAAGGAGAACAGGGAGGCCUUGCUGGCUGCCAUGCUGGAGAGGCUGCAGGAGAAGGACAAACAUGCAGAGGAGGUGCGGAAGAACAAGGAGCUGAAGGAGGAAGCCUGCCGAUAGACGCCUGGUUUAGAGAGCUGGAUGAAAGGAGGGGGAGGCCCGAAAAAGAGUAGAUAGUGGUGGGUUUUGUUUGUUUUCUUUUUAUAAGUAGAGCAAAACAGUGCAGGGAGAAAAAAGAACUCACAAAUCCACUCAAAUGAAGAGAGAGCUUUCAUAUUGAUUGUUGAUGUAUGCCAGGAGGAGCUGUACAAAGCUUCAAUAACUCUUGAUGUUGAAGAAAAAAUUGGAUUGGGAAACAUUUUAUUUAUUACAUCACUGUAUUGCAUCCAUAUUAUUCAUGUUUUUUUUAACAAAACACAUUGAAGUUGUUCCAGACCUGUGAAUAUUGACAAAAUGAAUCACAAAACGGAUAAUACAAAAGUGAAAAUAUGCCGAGAGUCAAUAAAAAAACGAGCUGCGGGCCAAAAACGGCCGUGUGCCUGCACUUUGGACACCACUGAAUUUAAGCUUUUCAAACAUAAAAGUAGAGAUUAAAAACAGUUAGGACAAAUAUCCAGUUUAUGUGUCUUUUUCUUCUGAAAUUAAAAGAUCUAAACACUAAAAUGGUUUAAAAAAAUGCAAUAAAACUGACUUUUCUACCAGAAACUUCCAUCAUUAUCAUUCUUUUCGGCAGUGUUAUUACUAAAUAUAUGACACGUUCUCCGAACCUGCAGAGAUGUUUCCAAUCAUCUUCUAUUCUAUGUAUGUUUUUUAAAUUGUAAUGGAAUUCCUGGUUGUAAUUUACAUUAUUGAGGUGUAGUGAUGAUCAAAUCCAUCUCGGAUAACGUUCGGUCCUUUCUUGAAUUUUGAUUUAAUACUGGAUAUUUUGAAUAUAUAAUCAUGUCAUAUUGCAGCGAGGGUCAUUAUUCAUGUGCCGCUUCCAAAAUAAACACACAAUUUCUGCUACACAGAUAACAUUGACAAAGUGAUCGUGCCAAAUGAUUGUUACCUUUUGUGUCCACCGCCAUCACGCGCGUUAAUCAGACUGGGAAGCGCCUUGGACGCCCUCCUGUUUUACACACACACACUGGCACACACACAAACGACUCCAUGUGAAUAAAACGUUACGUUAACUAUAUGUUGCCGUCUAAAAAUCACGUGGUGUCCAGUCAUCACCAUUGUUAUCCCUGGCAUGUUUUGUCGAGUGCAAGGUUUUAUUUGCCACUAUUUGUCACGAACUUAACAUUGUGCAUUUGACAUGCUUUUUAUGAUGCGGCCGUGAUUGAACACUGCAAAAAAUAAGCACAGAGAACGUGUCAUAAAUGGUUUGUGGAAGUGAGUAGCAGGGUAAACUGCAGUGAGCACACAUAGAAGACAAUACAAACGGUCCUUAGCGGGAAUCAAACUUCAAAAUGAAUCGUGUCAUGUUAAUUUUUCUAUCAGUUUGGGUUACGCGGACACAGAACAUCCACCUGCGUCAGCCUUUUCUUGUUCCAAGUGUCAGGAAAAGCCGAAAACUGCUGGAUUUUGUGAAAUUCAGGGUCCUUUCAAUCAGUGUUUCCCAACCUUUACAGAAAAUCGCACCAUCACUCACUCAGUGGUUGGGAAUCACUGCUUUCGCUCAUUAACUGUAUUGUAGCCGUUCAUUUGUCUCUUAGGUAUAGAGCACCAUUUGCACUCUUAUUUUGUUAAGCACAACUCCGAAGCACAUAUUCAUACAUGACGGACAAAAUAAACGUGUAUCCGGUGAAGUGUUGAGGGUUUUUUGGCGUUCAGCUUUGGCAUGUUUACGAUUUUUAAAGCAGGUUUGAAGAUGAAAAAAAAAAAACAACCAAAAAAGUUGAUGUCAUUUGUUUGAGUGGUGGAGUCAUAUUGGCUUUGUUGAACUGCUGAUCGUGUUUGGAGGAAAAUGUGUUGCUGUAAAUCAAAGCUGGAUUUGAUUGUAUUUAUUUGGCAUGGUCAGUAAAAUAAACAGCUUCAGUGAACUCUCA